AUGGAGAUCUCAAAGCCCCAAUCGUUCUUCCAAGACAUCAGAUCCAGAGAGCUACAUGGAUUCAGAGCUCCAAAGCGACCGUACAUCAAUGGCCUGGCAUCAGAUUUCUAUGAAAUUGGGGCCAUUGCUGCUGAACACAACGGCCCUCCAAUGGCGAUUUCGUUUGGCAAGACGUGUAAAAACUCUGACAUUGUCGCAAUGUCAGACGAAGAUGGGUACCUGAGCUUGUUCGAUACACGUCGCAAGUUCUCUGCAUCAGCAUCUUUCCAAGAAAAUGCAGAUAAAACUAAGGUGUGUGAUUGGGUUGCACAUCAAAAUGCUGUGUUUGACGUCUGUUGGAUUAAGGAUGAUACUCAAAUUAUGACAGCUUCUGGUGAUCAAACUAUCAAGGUAUGGGAUAUUCAGGAAAAGAAAUGUACUGCAAUACUGAUGGGGCACACAGGAAGUGUGAAAUCUCUCUGUCCUCAUCCAACUAAUCCUGAGAUUAUUGUCUCUGGUUCGAGAGAUGGCUCCUUUGCUCUUUGGGAUAUGAGAUGUAAUUCAAGCUCCAAAAAUAUUCACGGGGAGAUUGCAAUAUGCUCAACUGCUGUGGUUAAAGGGGCUCAUCUUUUUCCACGGGCAAAGCGUGUAAGGCGCGGAAAGGCUGCUUCCAUGAGCAUCACAUCAGUUCUUUAUCUUAAAGACGAGGUUUCCAUUGCUACUGCUGGAGCUGUGGACAGCAUUGUCAAGUUUUGGGAUACUAGAAGUUUGAAAAAUGUCGUCACACAGACAUUCCCUCAGCUAGAGUCUACUGAGAAGGAAAGAAGAUUACAUGGUAUAACUAGCUUAUCCCAAGAUUUAAACGGAGUGUUUAUUUCAGCCUCAUGUAUGGACAACAGAAUAUAUUUGUAUAAUGUACUUCAGCUACAAAAGGGUCCUAUGCAAUCUUUCAGUGGAUGUAAGAUUGAAUCUUUUUUUGUAAAGUCAGUUCUUAGCCCUGAUGCUGCUCACAUGCUCAGUGGUUCCAGCGAUGGAAAUGCCUAUAUUUGGCAGGUAAACAAGCCUCAAGAAGAUCCUGUAAUAUUGAAAAGCCAUGACGGAGAAGUUACAGCAGUGGAUUGGUCCCAUUUUGAGGUUGGGAAGAUGGCAACUUCUUCGGAUGAUUUUACAGUUCGCAUUUGGAACUCUCAGAAUAGUUACGGCCCAAGCACAAACUCACCAUCUGUCAUCCGGAGGAGAGUCAUGGCAAUCCCAGGUGCAGAAUGUAGAAAGCUUCUAAUGAAUGAAUCAAUUCAUACGUCAAAGGACUCUGGAAAUUUGUGUCCGUCAGACGACGGAUUGGAUGAAUCUAGUUCAAGAAAACCAAUUAAAAUGCCGAAAAUCAGUACUCCCCAAUUUCAGAAGAACCAAUCUAUGGCAGAUUCUGACUUUAUUGAAACCUUUGAAAAGACCCCAGAUGCUGCGUUGAAGAGCCCUUCUUCUGUUCUGAACCCUCCUUCCUCUCUAAAAAGGAAAACAAUCCGAGAUUACUUUGGAGUGCCUACUUUAAACUUGUAGCCUGUCUUUUUCUUUUUGUUGGGUUUACUGUACAAAGUGCCGAUAGUGCCUCUGAGCCUACCGUUUCAGAAGUGGGUGCAUUCAACCCCCUUUUCAGAAUGUUUCAUAGUUUAUAUUUGGAAUGUAAAGCCGCAUGCAAAAGGAUUUUACGCGAUGGAAAUAUAACAUCUCAUUUUUGUCCACCCCGCCUAAGAAAAAGAAGGGAAUAUAUUACAUUGCUUUAUUGAUGUUAUGUGACAUGUGUUAUCUGUUUUGUGUACAUACCAAGCAAUUUGGUCCUAUGUGGGAAUUUUUUAUUUUUUGGGUCAAAA